UGUGGAGGGAAAAUAUUAAGGGAAUUAAUUUAAACAAAUAAGGAAGUUAUUUCCCUAAUCCCGCCUAACCCAAAUAGCUAAAUAUUGAGCAGUCGCUCUCAAUCCAUCCCUAAUUUCGGUCUGCGCGCUGUUACUUUGUUUCUAUCGACUCCCAAAGCUAUCUUCAGAAGAGAGAGAGACGACCUCCAGAAGCUCGUCGAUUGUGAUAUAUGGAGUAUAUUUCAAUCACUACACACCAAAGCAAUCGUCUAUAUUUUGAAUCUGGACACGCUUAUUUCUUCGAUUCGGGAACGGCGACACACCCAAAGUCUGGAGUUAGUUGUGAAUGGCGAGCGCUUUUGGCGCUUAUGGUGCUCUAAGCGUUGUGGUGACCAAAAUCUACCUGGGACUGCUCUGGCAUGGCUUUUUACGGGAGGUGCACUAUAGGCGGUCACCAUACACGCCAUGGUUUAUGGCGAGCACUAUCCACGCCUUGUGACAUGUGAAAUAAAUAAUAAAAAAACUGACCUUGACCUAAUUUUCGUUUGAUACAUCCGAUCUAAAUGGUGCAGCUCCCCAAGAUUGCAACUGCUCCAGAGUCAUUGCAGCGUCGUAGAGUCUCCGAUUCUUCUGGAUUGAUCUUCACAGCUUCACUCCAUCGCAAUUCGCAGGGUCGAGAGACUCCUCAGCCCAGCGCGAGUCGAAGUCAAACCAGGAAGAGCACAUCUAGACAAGAGUCCUCACAAAUGCAUAGGAAAACUUCUCCUCUUGGUGUCGAGGUACUGAACUAUGGAGUUGUCCAUAAUGGAAACUUAUGAUGUGAUAGUCAGGCAAUAUACCCCAGUGGUAGGAUCUUUGUGCCAUUCAUGAGUUUGUCUCCCAAAAAAAAUUGGUCAAUGAAACACAAGUUUGCUGCUUGUUUCUUAUGCAGGAUUUAGGAGCCGUGUCAGAUACAUUGAUGUUUUAGAUCCAUCAAUCACGUGCUAUUAUGUUUUUGAGAUUCUAGAUGCAGGACGAGAUUGGCCUUUGUUUAUGGUUUCAUUGGAGCAUUGAAAAAGUGAAGUAUUUAUCCAUGUAUCGGCUGUCAAAUGUUGGGAAUUUGUUAGGAAGAGAGUGAAUCAAGAGAUCAGUAAGCAGCAUAAGUUGGGAACUUGUUUGAUGUUUUAGAUGAAUGAGCUGAAUGAGAAAACCAAAUCGGAAGGAAGAUGAAAUACCAUUCAUUUUCCUCUUUGGUUACGAAUUACAAUCAAGAUAGAAGUGACAACAUGAAAUGAAGAGAUGGAGCUUAGAUGAGUAUUAGAGGAAGAUUUUAGGAUACCUUUGUCUU